AAACUGACACGUGCCCCAUCUCUCUCUCUUCUCUCUCUCCCCUUCCAAAAGCAUGAGCUGGAGGGAGAUUCCAUGUGUGGGAUUCGAGCUGUGUAUGCCUGUAAUCGAUCGAUAGCUCCCUUCUCCCGCCCACCUAUAAAUACCUCCCCUUUCCUCACUUCUUCUCUUCACACAAACUCAAAUUAACAUCUCCCAAGUGCGAAAUCUCCCCACUCGUACUACUCCCACCACUCGUAACUGACAUGGAGUUCGCGACCGUAUUUUGCUUGAUUAUUUCUCUCUUCGUUUCUGUCCCCUGCCUCUUAAAAUUCCUCACCUCCCCCGGUCGCCCGAGACUGCCUCUCCCUCCGGGAUCCAUGGGCUGGCCUUACAUCGGCGAGACCUUCCAACUCUACUCUCAAAACCCAAAUGUCUUCUUUGCCUCAAAAGUCAAGAAGUAUGGUUCGAUACUCAAGACCCACAUCCUGGGUUGUCCUUGUGUGAUGAUAUCCAGCCCGGAGGCGGCGAAACACGUGCUUGUCACGAGAGCUCACCUCUUCAAGCCGACAUUUCCGGCGAGCAAAGAGAGGAUGUUGGGAAAACAAGCGAUUUUCUUUCACCAAGGAGAUUACCAUGCGAAGUUGAGGAGAAUGGUUCUCAGAGCAUUCAUGCCCGAAUCAAUCAAGAACAUCGUCUCUGAUAUCGAGUCGAUAGCGGUCGGAUCUCUUGAAUCAUGGGAAGGACAGUUGGUCAACACUUUCCAAGAAAUGAAGACGUACGCUUUCAAUGUUGCAUUACUUUCCAUAUUGGGAAAGGAUGGAGUUCUCUACAGAGAAGAGCUCAAGAGCUGCUACUACAUUCUUGAAAAAGGAUACAAUUCGAUGCCAAUUAAUCUUCCGGGGACUCUCUUCCAUAAAUCGAUGAAAGCGAGGAAGGAACUAGCCCAGAUCUUGGCAAAAAUCCUCUCAGUUAGGAGGGAGAUGAAGAACAACCACACUGAUUUGCUCGGAUCUUUCAUGGGAGACAAAGAAGGCCUAACCGAUGAACAAAUCGCUGAUAACGUGAUCGGUGUCAUUUUCGCGGCUCGAGACACUACCGCCAGCGUGCUAACGUGGAUCGUCAAGUAUCUUGCUGAAAACCCCAGUGUCCUACAGUUAGUCGCUGAAGAGCAAGAUGCCAUAAGAAGAGAAAAAUGUGGGGCGGAGAAGGUUUUGACUUGGGCUGAUACCAAGAAUAUGCCAAUAACAUCAAGAGUAAUUCAAGAGACAUUGAGAGUAGCUUCAAUUUUGUCUUUUACUUUUAGAGAAGCUGUUGAAGAUGUUGAAUUUGAAGGAUAUCUUAUCCCAAAAGGGUGGAAAGUCUUGCCCCUAUUUAGAAAUAUCCAUCACAGUCCAGAUAAUUUUCCAGAGCCUGAGAAAUUUGAUCCAUCAAGAUUUGAGGUAUCACCUAAACCCAAUACAUUCCUCCCAUUUGGCAAUGGGACCCACUCAUGUCCGGGGAAUGAAUUGGCCAAGCUGGAGAUUUUGGUGCUUCUACAUCAUCUGACCACAAAGUACAGGUGGUCUAUGGUGGGCCCACACAGUGGAAUUCAGUAUGGCCCCUUUGCUCUUCCCCAGAAUGGUUUGCCCAUCAGGCUUUCCCUCAAGAAAUAGAGAGUGCAGAAUUCUUGGUCUUAAAAGAGAUCUCUGUCUAAAUAUAGAAAAGAUAUCUUCUUUCUUGAGAAGGCGGGCAUGAAAAAGAAAAGACUCAAAAUAGAGAAUAUUAGAAAGAUUAUACUGCAAGAAGGGCAAAGCAAAUUGUACAUAAGAGAGCCUUCAUAGCGAAAUGUAGAAGGGAUACACAAAAUGUUGAACUCCAAAGUCAUGUUCAUUUUGAAGAGCUGGAACUGUAGAAAGGGAGGGGAUCAAUGUAAAACUAGUUAGUUUAGUUUUGACCAAUUCCAUGAUUGGUUUGAGGUUUUUUUCUUGUUCGUAUUUUAUAAAGUCCGCAAGGCGAUAAAUGAAAUUCCAAGUUUUGACUUGAAAA